GGGGGGCGGGCCGCCCCGCACGGCCCCGCACGCAUGCUCGCUGCCGCCUACGACAUGGCGGCGCCCAGCGCGGCGCUCAGGCGGCGGCCGGCGGCGGCGCGGCGCGGCGCCCCCGAGGCUCCGGGGCCGGAGCCGAGCCCGGGGUCGGGCGGCGGUGAGCCCGGCCCGCCGCUGCCGCCCGGCACCUUCUGGCUCACCCGCAUCGUGCUGCUGCGCGCCAUAGCCCUGCUUUACCUUGUAGCCUUCCUCGUGGCUUACCAUCAAAACAAGCAGCUGAUAGGAGAAAAGGGGCUGCUCCCGUGUAAACUGUACCUGCAAAAUGUCAAAAGAUACUUCAAAGGGAAGAUAAGCCUGGAUGCGCUGAGCUACGCCCCGACAAUCAUCUGGUUUCUGGACUGGUCAGACAUGGACAGCGUCUUGGACUACCUCUCUGGCUUUGGCCUGGCAACUUCGGCCUUUGUAUUGGUAACUGGAUGUGCAAACAUGAUCCUCAUGGCCAUCCUGUGGAUUCUCUACCUCUCGCUUGUCAAUGUUGGGCAGAUCUGGUAUUCCUUUGGAUGGGAGUCGCAGCUGCUGGAAACGGGGUUCCUGGGGAUAUUCCUUUGCCCGCUCUGGACCCUCUCCCGACUGCCCAGCUACACUCCGCCUUCCACCAUUGUCAUCUGGGGCUUUCGGUGGCUGAUUUUCAGGAUUAUGCUGGGAGCGGGGUUGAUUAAAAUUCGAGGAGAUCGCUGCUGGAGAGAGCUAACUUGCAUGGAUUAUCACUACGAGACCCAGCCGGUGCCCAACCCGAUAGCCUAUUUCAUGCAUCGCUCCCCGUGGUGGUUUCAUCAGUUUGAGACACUGUUCAACCACUUCAUCGAGCUGGUGGUGCCGUUCUUUGUCUUCCUCGGACGUCGCAUGUGCAUCCUACACGGCGUUUUGCAGAUCCUCUUCCAGGUGCUUCUCAUUGUGAGUGGAAACCUGAGCUUCCUCAACUGGCUAACCAUCGUGCCCAGCAUCGCCUGCUUUGAUGACGCCAGCUUGGCCUUCCUCUUCAGCUCCAGGCAAGGAGGUGUGAAAGACCAGCUGGCGCAGAUGCAAGUCAAGCGGGCGGCUGGAGAACAGCUUCCUCUGAGAUACGGCUGCUACGUCCGCAGAGUGGUGAACAUCUCCUUCGGACUCCUGAUUGCUUAUCUCAGCGUCCCCGUCAUCCUAAACCUCCUCAACUCCAGACAAGUCAUGAACACCUCAUUCAACCCUCUCCGAAUAGUGAACACGUACGGAGCCUUUGGAAGCAUCACCAAGGAGAGGACAGAAGUCGUCAUUCAGGGAACGUCCAGCGAGGAUCCCAAUGAUCCCGCGGCUGUCUGGGAGGAGUACGACUUCAAAUGCAAGCCCGGGGAUUUGAAGCGGAGGCCGUGCUUUAUUAGCCCCUACCACUACCGCCUGGACUGGCUCAUGUGGUUUGCUGCGUUCCAGACCUAUGAGCAGAAUGAAUGGAUAAUCCACCUGGCUGGAAAGCUGCUGGCGCAGGAGGAGUCGGCGCUGUCCCUGAUGGCGAGGAACCCCUUCGCCGGCCGAGCACCCCCGCGGUGGAUCCGAGCGGAGCACUUCCAGUACAAGUUCAGCCGCCCGGGCGGGAAGCACGCCGGCGACGGGAAGUGGUGGAUCCGGAGGAGGAUCGGGCCCUACCUCCCCCCCGUGAACCUCCAGGGCCUGCGGAAGUUUUUUGAGGACAGGAGCUGGCCUUUCCCCACGCGGGCUUGAUGGCAGCGAGCAGGCAAGGUCACCGGCAGCCGCCUGCGAAGGCAGAGCAGUCCCCUUCGUUAUAAAUUACCAUUCUCGCUCCUAUCUGUAUUUUUUUACAUACCCCUGUUUACACAUAUUUUACAGUAGGUUUCCAGCCAACCUGUCUACCUGCUGCUGGGGUCUGGUUUUCCUCCUCUUUCUGGUUCUUUGUCCAUCCUUCUGUUUGUCUUUCCCUUCGUGGUCUUGCCUAAUGAUUGAUUUGUUUAGUCUAUCUGCUCCAUUAGAAAAUCAUCAGCUCGGAGUCAAAAAAAAGGUGAACCCGUACGGAGUCAAAUUAAUACUCCUAAUUUUACACGAUCCAGAUUUGCAGCAAGCAUGUGUGAAGUGGGCUUUCCUAGGCCCAGCAGCUCGGGAGUUUUGAUUUAUUAUCAGGAAGGUAAAACUCAAAAGGGAUCGAAAAUUAGAAAAUGCGCUUUUUUGGGAAAAGCGACCUAAAAGCAGAGCUCUCGCCCCCUUUCUCAUCUCCUUCUGCUUUGCAAACCAUCAGGGUCAAACUGGAGGCUCCCGGAGUUUAAAUGCGGAUUGAAACCUGGGCAAUUGGAGCCUCCCUAACGCGGAGAGCUCGGCGUGGACGCAGCGAGCGACGCGGCCCGAGGAGCCGUUUCCGCCUCGGCGUUUCUGGUCGCGGCGCAGCAUGAGCACGUGUGCGGCGUUUCCAAAGGGCUCCCCAAGUGCCGGUGCUGGAAUCGCUUCCCGCAGGCAAUGGGAGGGAUGCGCCGUGCGGAGCGCGGUCUGCACCGCUGUCCGGCGCGGGUUACGGAGAGCGCGUGCUUCCCAGUCCUGGGCAGGCUGAAGCACCUUCUUCCCAAAGGAGCUUGUCGAGUCCUCGACUCCAACACCGCGUUCAAGGAGCAUUUCCUUCUGGCCUUGCCCGUUGGGCCCAGCCUGAGCAAGAGCUUCGUCCGCGCAGACCGCGCCGGGUGCCUGCAGAAAUCGCUGGUUGAACUCCCCGGGCUGGGCCGUGAGGACGGUCCCUUCCAGUCCCUAACCUCUGUCCGGGACAGGAGGAGCCCCUGCAUUUCGGGUCUGCUGCGGGACCCGGCGCGGUGAUGCCGCGCGUUGCUGCUGCGCCCUGAAUAAACCGGUCCCUGCCCCGCUGCCCGGCGUCGGCGGAGCAGCCGUGAAGUCCCCGGUGUGGCUGGUCCUUAUUUAAGCCUAAGGGGUUGCUGUCCGCCCUGCAGAGGCACCCGGAGAGGUUCGGGGUGCUGCCGGCUCCCCGCAGCGGGCACGGUGCCUCCAAGCAGCAGGCAAGCGGCCUGGGCUGGCAUCGGUAUCGAUCGGAGCUUGUUUGCCCCGCUCCCGCCCCGUGGCCCGAAUUCCCCCCCGGGGUCCAACGCAUGCAGCGGGGGCUGCACGGCCGCCCGCCCCGGCUGUCCUUGGGGGCCUGGGCACCUCCCGGCCGUCGGGCUCCGGCGUGGCGGUUUUUAAGGAGAGUAGAUGAGUUAAGAGCACUGCCCGUCGUCUGCCUGCUCCUCAACCUGGCAGAGCCAUGGGUUAAUUAAUUUCUUUCGGUUCCCAGCCCCUGGGUCAGGGCUAAUGGAUGCAGGCCGGCGCGGCAUUCCCGGUCGCGGUGCGUGGUACUCGUUACGCCUUUCUCUUCUCUUCUCUUUUUUUUAAAUCAAAAAUUCUCACUCUGCUCCCACGUAAUGGCUGGGAGACAAUAUACCCUCAACAGCAGCAAGCAAGGAAGGUGCAUGUGGGGAAUUAAAUGAGAAACGCUUCUCUCGGACAAAAUUUUAAAAAAGAAAAGAAACGAGUAUUUAGCAGAGGGGGAAGCAAAUCAGAAUCACAUUGCAUUAUCUGUUGGCUGAAGUUUGCUUGGAGAGGUUUUUUUCUCUGAGCUGUACACGGCUUUGCUGCAUCCGCAAAUCAGCGCGCCAUAAAUCCGUCUGAAGGAUGGUUUCAGGGAGACCCACCAAGCACCAGGCAACAGGGACCAGGGCCCCGACGUGAGCUACAGCCGCGCUCGGGCGUCGCGUUGUGAUCCGUCAGUCAAAACAACCGUUGGCCGAAGCCUCCCAGGACAACGCUGCUCUCUGCUGCCUUGGCCGAGUUCGUCCGCUCCUCCGGGGUCUCGUGCCGCCUGACGCCCUCCUGCUGCUUCUCCCGAGGUCCAGGUGAAAGUUAUCGGCCCUGGGGACGUCACCACCACCUCUUCCAGCAGGCGCGUGAUGCUCUGCCCGUGCGCGUGGGUACCGGCGGCCCGGCUGCGGUGCUGGGGCGCAGAGCAGGUCCCCCCACGCCUUGGCUUCCGUCCCCCCCAGACCGUCACCCGCGAAACCGUGAGACAGCUGGAGCGAGGGAGGCGCGGAGAUGGGUGGGGAGGAAUACCCCGGAGAGGGACGGCACGUCCCGCCGGCGCCGCGUCCCUGCAGGGAGCAUGCAAAGCCGGCAUCUCCCCCCGGCCCCGGCCAGGCACGCCGGGUCUUGCAGCCCGCGAAGGUGCUUUCCCCCGCGCGGGGCCCGGGGCAGCCCUGCACACCAGCGUUCGGCCAAUCUUUUUUUGUUUUACCAAGAUCACGGUGUUUCCAGUGCGUGAGCCCCCCAGCACGGGAGGCCAGGUCAUCCCGCUUGGAGGUCUCCGGGCAGGCUGAGCUCCUCGGGGCGUUAUCACCUCGCCCGACGUGUGAGUCCUUGGCCCAAACCUUGGCAAACAGAAAGUCACAGGGGUUCCCGAGUUUUGCAGACCCUCUACCUGUCUGCAGGUCUUCCAGGAGGUCCGUCCCCAGGAGGCGGAGGGAAAACUUGUGCUGCUGUAACACACAGCAGCGUGUUUAACCUCCACGGGAGUCUAAGACUCGACUGGAAAAUCUUUAAUGAUGAAUUUAUAUUUUAAAGUUCUGUUUCCGAACGUAGCAGAGGUCAGUCAUCGAGACAGCCGAGCUUUCCAACAGGAUCAGCAGUAGCGAGUUAACGUUAAAUGCAAACGCUCUGCCGAAGACAGCGGUGCAUCUCCACUGCUGCUCCGCUUUGGUUUUGUCCCGGGAGCACGGAGAUGUUCCCCACUAAAUCAUCAUCGCAGUGGACACGGAGGGAACAUCUGCCCUCCCCAAAAUCCCUCAAACCGACAUCCUUCCUUUAUAAAAAUAACCCUGCUCAGCUGGGAGUCAGCGGCACGGGCGCAGUCCCCUCUGCACGACGUCUUUGGGCAGUAUGCGCAAAGAAAUCCUAAUAUAUAUACUACACCCAUCCAGAAAAUAUAAUUCCUCAUUCCUGGAUCAGCAAUAAAUUGCACUUACUCAUUUUAAAGUAAGAGAGCGUCAGUCUGUGAGUUCCCAUAGAAAAUAUUCCUAUGCCUUCCCUGCUCCGAAUUGCUUUUAGAAGCUGGCUUUACUUUAAUACAUAUUAAAGGAAAGAGCUUUUUUUCUUCCCAGUAGAUUAAGUUUGGCUAAACAAUUCAGUGUGAACUGCUGGGAAUGAGGCAGAAACCUGUAGGCUAAAUUACCCAGCUGCUAUAAGUUUAGACCAGCAUGGGAUGAAUUUCAGGAUCAUAUAUUAGUUUUCGUUUAAUCUGAUUAUUCUGGACUGCAGUUCCUGGAGGGUCUUCAGGUUAUUGUCAGUCAAAAGAAUCCUUAAAAGCUUCCAUUUGCACUCAACUUUUCCCAUUAGUCUCUUUUCAUUAUGGAUCGAUUUUUAUUUUAAUGAAAAAAUGAUUCCUCCCCCUGCUUUUUUGCCUGCCAGGGUUGAAAAUAGAGCAGUGACAGCUCUUUCUUGCUUUGCUGCCAGAUGUGCGUCCAGGGACGGGCCGGUGAGGUCCGGGCACGGAGCUGGUGAUGGGGUCCUGCCACCCCAAAGGCCAUUUUCCUCCUCUGAUGAGGCUGUUGGCUCAGUUAAAAGAGAUCAGGCAGAAUACGAGGCAGAAAAUCCAGAAACCCGUCUCCUCUUCUCCUAACAACGCUUCCCGAUACCUGCCUUGUUCUUCUCAAAUCCCGCUCUCCCUGGGAAAAUGCUUUAAGUGGCUUCGAUCCUGGGGGGUUUCUAGUUCAAAGCUCGCAGAGACUAAUGCAGAACUAAUUGAUCCCCAAAGCCCGCUGCAGGAUGGCUCCGAUUCACUCUGGCAAAUUUACGACCCCGGUUGCUUCCAUCUGCCACCUCCCCAAGAUUGCACAUUCGGGUGUGCGUGGCGGGACGGGACAGGACAGGACGGGACGGGACGGGACAGCCGCACGGGUCCUGCACCUGCACCGGGUGCCUGGCGGUUCCCGACCGGCCGGCGGGCCUGCAGGGCCGUCGGGGAUGUGGGGCUGCCCCGGCCGGGGCUGCCCGCCGCAACGCAAAGGCCUGGAGAGCUGCUCCAGGGCUGGGGCUGCUCCAGGAUCUCAGGGAAAAAACAGCCUGGGGAGGCGUCCGGCAGAAAAACCCAGACCCAUUUCUUCAUUUAUGCAGGAUUUUGCGUCGGAGGUGGCAGCCUGAGCUUUCUGGCCUCCAAGUCCCGGCCGGUUCCACGUCGUGGUACCUUGUCACUGCCCAAAAUACUCUGUUUGGUCCAAUUUUGCCUAUUUUAGGCUGCGAGAACUUGGGGGCUCUUCCCUUAUCAGCAAAGCGCUCUUGAACCCACGUGUGCUCUGCAGCCGCUAGCAUCAGACUUCCCCCUUCUUUCACAGCCUCUCUCCCUGGAGAGCAGGAGUUCGGGGCGGCGUGUUGGCCCUGCGCCGAAUUCACGGCAGUUAGUGGGGUUUUGUCGUGCCCUUCCCCUCGCUUAGACUCAGGUUCCCCCCUCUGAGCCGAGCCCGUGGGCCGGCUUCCUCCGCGGUAGCCGCUCGGGGUACGAUUGCACGUCGCUGAGCCUUGCCGUGUGCGUAACUGUUGCUGAAACAAUUACGCUAAAAUCACACCACCUGCAAGCAGUUACCUAGAAUAAUAAAUAAGUGAUAGAUUAUCAAAUAAAGCAUUGGCUUCGGAUGAGGUCAUCGCGGCACCGUGUCGCGGGUCUCGGAGGGUUUGCUGGCUGCUCUCCUACUAGCUAAUAGCUAAUAGCUCUUGUAUCAGUCAAUAAAAAAGUUGUAGAGAUUAAAGAAUCAAUUAGGCAUUAGCCGAAGGGGCAGAAGCAUAACCCAAACACGCUGAUAAAAUCCAGUAGGUGAUUAUGGGAACGGUUCUUAUUUCGUUGUACUCGAAAAGGGAAUAAUUGCUCGUUACGAGGCGCGGAGCGGCCGGGCCGGGAUGCUUUACCGGGAGGAAACUGCAGCGGUCGCUGGGAAACGCCGCGGCACUCUGCGGUUUUGGAGCGUUAUGUUUGGGCAGGUCGCUUGGCACCUGCGAGAGGUGAUGGGGGCUCGCUGCAGCGUUCGUGCAUCCUCACCCGGGGCUCAGCCCGCCGCGCCGGCGGAAAACCUCCGGCUUACACCGCUCCGGAGCCGUCGAGGGAGACAUGGACCCAAAGCAGGGAACUGGCUGCCUGGACAGGAAAGCCCAGAUGCCCACGCUGUCCUACGCUCUUGUUCCUUAACAAGGUCCGGGGUAAAAAGAUCCCUCUGCCCCGGCUGUGCGCCGAUGCCGGAGACGGCGAGCGGCUCCCUGGACGCCCGCGCAAGCGUCCACCCGUGACGCUGGACAACGUUGGCACGCUUUGGACCAAGCUGUAAGCGCAGCUCUGAGCUCCACCACGACCCAGAUGUUUAGAUGCUGAUGCUGAAAAGGAAAAUAAGAGCCGUGGAGAGAAAGCCAAGAGAGCGGGGAUGCUGUGGGAGAAUUGCUGCUAGAAACUGCACUGAUGUGCGCAGGAUAUGUCUCUCUUCUAACCGGGGAAAAAAAUCAGGUUAAAGUGGAGUUUCUCCAGCUCUUUCAAUCAGUCGAGGCCAGUGCCGGACAUUUUUGCUUUCCAGCAUGACAUCAAGCAAACCUGAGCGCGAGAGCUGUGAGCCAGCGAAACGCUCUCCCGAGGGAAGGCAAGGUGGAAGCUGGACCACGAAAAGCCGGGCGCAGGGAACAGCCUGCGCUGGCCAGGAGACAGACUGCAUGAGCUAAUAGGUCUUUUCUAUUUCUCGCUCCUGUGAUUCAAGAAGUCUUGUCACUGGGGAUUCUUUAAAAAUAGCCUGGCUGCAGCACAAGGCGGUGGAUGUGAGGAUCAGUCCUGCCUUGGCCGGGAGACAGGUUGGUCUAACAGGACUUUUCCAUCACGCUGUUCCAUGAUUAAUCAAGACAAGAAAAGAAAAAGAGAAAGGAAAUUGAUAAACACAAUGGUAAUUCCAUCCAGCGUUUGCCUUAGUCAGGUUAUUAUAAUCCUGACAUCAUGUCUUGAAAAGAGGACUGGAAAUAAAUUUCUUCUAGAUAGCAGCUGGUCGCUGGAGAUGGGGAAGCGCACCAGACCACAAGGGGAAUGAGGAGUUAACCAGUUUCGAUGUUCCCCCUCCCUGGAACGGCGUUUCUCCCGAUUUUGCCGAGUUGGAAACGGGCAAUGGAGGAGCACGUGGCUUCCAGGGGAGGCUUCGCACCUUGGGCUGCUCCCGUGCUCCUCAGCCUCUGCUGCUAAAACUUGGUCCCUUGAGGACAGCAGAAGGACGUGCACUGCGCGUCUCCUGGAAGAGCUCAAAUUUGGACCUGUCCCAUGCUGUGGCUGUUCCCAGCUGCCUCCAUGCUCUGGAGAGGUGCGUUCAGGCAACCCAGGACAACUACGCAGUGCAAAAUGUAUCCGGAUUUUUUCUGUCCUUUAGGCCCUUUUCUUUAGUGCUGAGAAUAGGUCCAAAGUACAGGAGUGAGGUUGCUCCGAAACGUGUCUGGGCAUCUGGAGCUCCUCUCAGCCCUUCCGGAGAGCGCUGGGAACACGAAGGUCUUGGGGUACAUCACCGUUUCAGGGAGGAAAAUGAAAUAUUCCCCCCUUUUUUCUGAAUGGUCUCCAUUAACGGAAGGUCUCAGUCUGGAACUGAUUUGCCCCCAGGCACCAGAGCUGCCGCUACUGGGGAUUUCGUAGGAGCCUGCAAGACCUUUAUCUUCUCCUCUACAAAUAGGAAAAACAAACAUCCUCAUCGACACAUUUGAUCCCCCCUGGCCCCGGGGUCGCGUGCCUCGGUGCUGCUCUCCUCCAUCCGCGUGGACCCUCCUGCCCCCUCCUCCCGUCCCGCCUUGCCCUGCCGGGGCAGGAGGAGGGUGGUGGCGGUGGACAAGGCCAUCGGGGCAAGGCGUUGCAAUGCCGCCCAGCGAUCCCCGUGGGGGCCGGAUUCAGCAAACGGGAAGAUCCAGCGGCUCCGGGCAGGUGGGAGCUGCCCCUUGGGACGCCGGUGCUCAGCACCAGCGGGACGUUGCUCCUGGCUUUCCACCUCUUUGCUGCGGGUCCCACCAGGCCCAUGCCCAGGUAAAGGUCUCCGCCGAGAUUCGGGAGCUGAGGGUGAGCGCGGUGCCCCUUCCCGCUGCUCCGAUUUCAGGGCAGCCGGAGGAGCUUCUUCCUGCGGCCGGGAGAGGUGGCCAGGCUGGACUGAGCAGGGAGCGGAGCGCCCAGGGAGCCACCAGGACAGUUCUGUGGUCUGGACCUGUCCCUGUCCCGCUGGCAUGGCAGCGUGCGCUGGACACGGGACCAGAAGGGUCUCCUGGCCCCUCAGGUCAGACCUUCGCUAUAAUCCCAUUCACAGUUUAAUCAAGCCCCAUUUUAAAUCCCUUUAGGGCUGCUGCCCUGUCUUGCUCGCUCGUUCUGCAGCCUCCCUGCAGAAGAUCAGAAACCCUCCUCUAUUUUCCGGCCUAAGCGUAUGCACGGCCGGUGCUUCGCUCCUCUGCUCUCCUGCCAGUCCAAGCAGCUCUUUCCUGCUCUUCGGCGGUGCUGGGCAGCAGCCCCAGCCCCGCUUCACCGCCCCGCGAUGACCCCGCUCAUGAUGGUCUCUCUCUCCUGCACAGCCGCCCCGGCAGGUCCCGCAGGGCUCGCGGAGGAUGCCCGGAGCUGCAGGGACGCAAGGCGGGGACGCCCGGCUCCGGCCGUGUCCCCGUGGCACCUUGCGCCAGCGGCGAUGGCCCCUUCUCCCGUCGCUGUGCCCUGCUCUUGGGGCCGGGUUCGCCGAGCGCCGUGCUAGGUGCAGAUGUUUAAUAGCACGGGGACAUGUUAAGUGUCGUUAGCAUUCGCGGCUAUCGGUGGUGUUUAACCAUGCACACGUUUAUUUUCCUUGGCUCUGGCAGAGAAAUGUGCUCCUAGAGGACUUUUCAUUAAGCAAAAAUUUAUGAUAGAGGAUGAAAAUUAUGUUUUACUGUCUGAGGUCUCCGUCGGUGCUGUUUCUUCAGAUGUUUCAGUAAUUCAUCUUGGCAGGGACUUGGAAAACUUCUCCAGUGAAACGAAAACUUAACUUCUACGUUGGGUCCGUUGCCCAUCAUGGGCCACUGCCUGCAUUAAUGAACUGCCGUCCCCGGGGAGUCAAAACAACAGCGAAACACCCCACAAUUCUCGUCCCGUGAAAAAUAACGUGUACAUGAUGUAAAGCGUUAUUGGGAUUUGAUGCUAAUUUUCGUGGUCACCUUGGCUGGAUUUGAGGAAGUUGCCGGUGCUGCCAAGAGCAAAUUUACCUGAUGAUGAAUGAGGAACCAGAGCAUAAAAUAAAUAAAUAUCAGCAACACCUUUUUUUUUUUCCUUUUUUUGGCAGAUUGGUGUCAUCCAAGGUCACACAUUUGUGCCUUAGGAGAACUACUGCCAGCGUUUAGCGCUUGAAAAUCGUUUUUAAGUAAAGAGCAGCAUCUUUAAGAGCUGAAUUUAGAAAGCAAGACUGAACUGGAGUCUCCCAGAAGGUCUUGCCCACGGGAUAGAUGUUUGCGUUGAGCGUCAGCCUUGUCCCUUCCCUGUGUCCCCCAUCGGGGGGACGAAAGGAGACGGGGGAACUCGUGGACCUUUUUCUCGUCCUCCUGGAAAACCUUUCGAGAAGUUGAUUUGCAGCGCUGUGAAACGGAGGAAAGGAGGGUUUUUCAACACAACGCGGCAAAUUUCAGCAAGCAGGAGGAUCUUUUGUUCCCAUCAGCAAUUUCUCCGGGAACGAAGAGCAUUUCCCGGCCAACGUGCCGACGGAGCUGCUGCGCUCCCGGGCUCGAGGCCGGCUCGGCUGGACGCCGGGCACCGUCCCCUGGGGACCCCGGCGCUGCCCGCGGCCCUCGAAGCCCCCCAGCCCCGUCGGAGGACGCGUACGGGACCACGUUCAACCUACCAAAGCGCCUGUGAGUGAAACCGCCGCGAGCCCUCCCGAAACCCCCCUGCUCCCGCGGGCUCGGAGGGCAGCGAGUGUCACCGCCUCGCUGCCAAGCUGCUGCUAAUUACCGCACGCGUUUUUUUUUUUUGAAAAAGCAGGAACUUCCCCUGCUAGAAACCACAAGUUUUAUUUGUGCGUAAUACCAGCCAUUCUGCGGUUUUGGAGAUGGCCUUGAAAGAUUUGUUUUCUGUUUUAUUUUAUUUUCUCUUUCUCCCGAGGAGGAUGCGGAAAGGAGAUGUGUAAGGUUACAAAAAUAACACAAUCUACAAAGAGAGGCAGAAGGAAAGUUUGUGUUACGUUAAGCAGGUUCCUCGGUGCGGCCGGGGCACAGCUGAAUUUAUAGCAACCCUCUCAGAAAAAUGAUAAAUGGAAGCUGUAAUUUUUAUUGGGGAGGAGGGCCAGAUCACGGGUGAGGGAACAAAAUAAUAAAAAAAGCAUAAAUUAGAAACGCGGCUUGACAUUUGGGAGCAGAAAGCGUUUGGCUCGUAUAUAAUGUGACUUUCUGGUGGAACAUGAUCCAGUGCGGUGCAUGGAAAUUACCUGCAAAAAGAUUUUCUAUUAAGUCAUAUUACGGCGAACUUUCUCCAAAAGGGCUCCGGGGACUGGUCCCCCGGGAGAGGUGGCUGCACCUUGCUUCCUCCCGUCACCGAACCGCGUCCCGCAGCAGCCACCCUCUGCUAAUAAUAGCUUUAAAGCGCCCGUAUAUAUAAACGCGGACAGGAUGAAAUUCCUAGUGCAGCGCCCGCGCCCCUUCUAAGCCCAGGGUAAGCGCAGCGGGAUGCUCUGGCGGUCUCCCCAUGGCCUUCGGAGCGGCUCCGACGGGGCUCCCCACGGUCCCGGCAGGAACGGCCCCAGGAGCAAGGGAGCGGGGCGAGCGGGCAAAGAUUUCGGCAGCGGAGAAAUGGUGGCAUCUUCUUUGUAGGGCUCAGCCUUCCCCCAUCCCCAAAAAACAGGCAGAAAAAACGGGAGGCCCUUUCCGUGGCCACAAGACUCCCGGAAGGUGGGUAUCAGGGGGCAGAUGCUCAGCGAAAGCCGGUUGCGAAGGGCAGGCUGGGAUUUUAUUCGUUUAUUUGUUUUCUAAUUUCCAGUCAUUAGCCCUGGCUCUGGGGCUGAGCCCUGCCUGGUAGACGGGCUUAGCCCUGUCAGUUCCCUUUUCCCUCUGACGGUUUGAUCACUUGAUCGUUUGAAUGUGUAAAGCGAAAGUAGGACGAAUCCCAGCCCUAAGGGAUGUGAGUUUAUGGGAGCAGCGAGAAGAGGGUCGGAGGCUGCUCGGCUUCACGGCCCGGCUGCGCUCAGAGCUUGGCCGUGGCCCCGGCCUGAGACGUCCUCGGUUCUCCCCAUCCCUCUGUCCCUUCCUCACCCCACGGUUACCAAAUACCAGGCAAAGUCAGCAGAAAGCGAGCCCUUGCCUCGAAGAGAGGAGAGUUAAACCCAGGAUACCUCGAUCAACGCGGGCAAGGAUGGUAGGACAGCCGGGAGGAAGGCAGCAGUCGGAGGCAUUUGUGGACCCACAGCAGAAACAGCAAUGCCAUGACCACGCACCCCCCACGCCGGGGUGUUGGGGUCUCUGCCCACUCCCCAGGAGAGCUGGCACUGAUUUCCCACCCCUUGUCCGGUGUGGACGUCUCAGUGCAAGGUGCGAGGUGCAGCGGGCCCGGAGAGCCCGGAGCCGGGCGGCCGUGCUGCAGGGGGGCUCCGGGGCAGCCCCGCGCCCGCCAGCCAGCAGCUUCCAGCUCCCCCGAGUUGGGGCUGUCGGCAGCUCUGGAUCCCAAACAGCCUGAGCAGCCACACUAAUAUUAUCUCUAAAUAACCCUCCCGCCCACUCCCCCACCUCUGCCCAGGUGCCGCGAGUUCGUGUUCCGCCUGGAGCAGAGUGUCCCAGCCAAGUCCUAGAUCUCCAUGAAUAAGUCUGUACCAAACGUGGUAGACCCUCGUGGCCGUAACCGCUUGCACAGAAUAGCCCUUCUUUCCUUUCGCUGCAUUUCAAAAGGAUGGGUGUCCCCGGAGGGUUUUACCACGUGCCGUCCAAGCGGAGUCGCUCCUGGUCUACAUGGCCAAAUAAAAGGAGAGGAAAAGACCCGAACAUCUUUCCAUGACACGUUUCCACCCACCGAACGUGUCUCAAACAGCGGCAGACUCGCGGUGCCCCAGACUUUCCAAGUCUUGUCUUGACAGCCAAGUUUGUCUCUAAACCUGACCAGUCUCUUUGGGUUUGAGUCCAUCUACCAAGCCCUCUUUGAUGCCUGAUGCCAGAAAUGCCUCCUCGAGCCAAAUUUCCCUGGUAAUUGUCCCUUGGAUUAGUUUGGAAAAUUGCAUAAGCCCUGGGUUAUAGCUGGCUGCUUCUCUCAUCCGAGUGCCUAAGGCUUCAUGGGGCAAAGACUAAAGAGCUGCGAAAUGCAGAGAUAUAACAGAUGUUGACAUGCAGUGAAAAUACUAGACGCAGGAGCCUAAGAUAAUAAAUCUGAAAAAUUAACACGUAGGAGAACGAAAAAAGGAGCAAUAUGUUUUGGUAAUCAUUCUGAACUGCUGAACCCUUCUCCUGCAGUUCAAAAAUCUCUGGUAUUAAGCAGAUGUCAUUCAACCAAUGAUUAACACAUUACCGAAUUUCUCCAGUCGUUUAAUAAAAGUUUUACAUAACAUGCAGGUAAUUGCUUCCAAAUGUCAAGGUAACAAUGCGGGCUUCUAUGGAUGGCAUUGUUUCCAGCAUCAGGUGAAAACCCUUCUUGUUGCCUUGAUAUCAGGCAAAGUCCCACGGCGAAGACCCCUCGCCUGGCCAGCUGCUUUUCCAGUCACUCCUCUUAAAGCAAGAGACAAAGAAACGGUCUGGACAGAUUAAAAGCCUUCGAGCUGGUAUGUUUUCCUCCCUUCUCAUGUCUGUAAGGGCGGCAAACAGGCCUCGUGCUCCAAAACGGUGGCACAGAGGGAUAUGCCGUCUCCGUAAUUUUUUUUUCCUUUCCUUGCUAGAAAAGUGGUUGGUGCUGGGCGCAGGUAGGUGAAGGAAGGGACACGGCGCGGGGGAAAGGCUGGGCACCCGUGCACCGGUGACAGACGCUGCUCUUGCAGGCAGCCCGUGCUACGGUCCGCCAGCCCAGCGUCUCUCAGGAGCCGUCCCCUCUGCCCUGAACCCAGCCCGUGCUCAAAAUCCAAAAUUAUCCUUUGUGAGAGCAGGCGGAAGGUUGUUCCAGCCAGGUUAUUUGCUGGAAUAUCGUCCCAGGGUGCAGCUGGGGGCACCGCCGGCUUCAGCGGGGGUACUUGGCCCUGGCGUAGGAUCUUGCUCGCUGUUUCAAAGUGUCGGUGCUAGAAGCCCCACAGCUCCCGGCGAGGUGUGAGAGUGAUGGAUGCCCUGGGACGAGGGAGUCAGACAGGCUGCGAACUCUGUGCAGGCUCUGAGAGUUGCUGGCUAAUGGCUUUCAAGGCUGCAAACGAGUUUCCCGAAUUAUUAGAGCUGGAGAACAGGCUGCUUCUAAAGCAACCAGUCUGUUACAAGAUCCAUCCCUUAUUGGACAGAGGCCAACGCGACUCCGUUGGGGGGAUCCAUGACAAAAUGUAGGGAUGGCUGUAAAAAAAAAAUGCAUGUCGAUGCAGUAGUUUUGAUGGGACAUUUCUUCUUAGUAAGCUUUAAGUGAUUUUUCCUGCCACGGCGGGUGGCACGUGUUAUCGCUACUAACCCGCACCAGGGUCCCCGUUCUGGCUCGCGCUGCUGCUGAGAGGAGCAGGGUGAGAAGCAGGGCUGUCCCGUGGUCUGCCGGGAGCAGAGACUUGCCCAAGGCGUAGGGAAGGUGGACGCACUGCUCUGUCGGGUUCACCCGGCUGUGAGUGCUGCUCUCGGGUGUCGUUGGCAGCCCCCUUCAUGCCAAAGGGACCUGGGCUGCUGGGGGACGCGGCAGGCUGUGAUUGACGUUGUAGAUUUUCCUGCACCUGGGAAGUUUGGGCCUAUUCCCAGCACCACUGGUCACAUCAACUGCUACGGACAGCAUGAUCUAUGGGCACAUUAUUAAAACCAUAUUUUCAGCCUCAGAUCGUGAGGCAAGCGGUGGGCGGUGCUGGAGGCAACAGGACUGGGGAGGACGGGGGUGUUUCACAGACCACCUGGCCUCUUAAUGGAGAUAAACAGUAACAAGGUUGGUAACGGGUUGACCCAAAUCACUAGAGAAGAGACACUCAGACAGGUCGACCCUCGCUCCGGAGGAACGGAUUAGCUAGGAAACAUCUCCCACCGCCUGCGGUGGUUAAUGUCAGUCAUCAGCUGGUCCUGCUCUCCAUCACUGUCAGGCAUGAAAUCGCUGCUCGCGGAUGGGCUGCUCGAAGACAGCGAGAGAGAGCAGUGAGGGCCAGGACGAGGAAAGUGGAUGCAAAUGGUUGUCACCUAAUCCAACCGUGCGCUUUCUGCGAGGAUGCAACGUAUUUGGCUUGUUUGCACCAAGGCUGACUACACGUGUGAGACGCACAGCAACACAUUGCUGCACGUUUUGGUGCGGGACAGCAAUGGGAGAGUUCAUCCCUGCUCGCCCCAGCAGAACCCAAGCAACGCAAAGCUCGUGAAAGCCCUUUCCUGGACUGCAAGAGGUGACAGCUCAGGCCCUGGCUAAAGAGCUCCAAAGCACAAGUUUUUCCAUAGACAGCUGUUAAAUUCUUUAAACUGAGACAAGGAGACUUCCCGUUAAAUCAGACUCGCGUAGAAUGACUAUGCCCAACACACAGCUCGCGGCUGGGUGCCCUCGGCGUGUGCACAGCUCUGCUCUCUGAUGAUAACAUAUCCCUCGCAACGGUAGCGUCUGCGUACACACCCCAGCUCCAGGCAAAUAGGUGCAAAACAUUUGCAGGGCAUCUGCUCCCCCCACCCCUACUCCUGGAGACCUUCUCCCUUCACCUCUCGGGAAGAGGGAUCACGCACAGCCCCAGAGCAGCAGCGGAUGAGGUUGGUAGGAGGAAGGAAAAAGGCUUAUCUGAUGGCAGUAGUGUCACUAGAUUUCCAACCUUCUUUCGUUUUGAAAAGAAAUGAGUUUUUUUCUGUAAAUAGGACCUCUUCAUGUCUGAAAGGGCCUCUGGAUUUUUCAUCGUGUCCACAUCAACUUUUAGCAUGAGUGAAAACCGAGCUCUUUUUUGUGUUUGCUUGUUUGUCUUGUGGCUAGUCUAUGAAGCCAUAAAUCUGGAUAUCUCGGUUCCUGCACGUCCUUAUGGGAACUUCGAGACGUUCCAGCGUGCUCCGGUGAUACCGGUGCUUCGUCCUCCAGCUGCCGGCUGCGGCCUGGUGCUUUACUGCUCCCAGAAGACAAAGUCUCACCCACCCUGCGUCAUCCCAUUGCGUUUCGUUGCUCUCACUCCGGUCCAAAGUCCCCGACUUCAAAGAAGUGACAACACAGCAGAGGCUCCCGCACGGCCGGCAGGGCUGCGAAGAGCGGGAGGAAGGCUGAAGCUCGUGGAAAUGGCUGAUUUGCUACCCGGAACUUCUCGGGCGUCUCUUGUCGCUAACAUCUGCGCCGGGGCAAGAGGUGCGCGAGCGUCUACCUGUGCAUGGGCCGCAGAAUGGAAAUGACCUUUGCACGGGCCGUUGCUGAGCUGCUCCGAGAGAGCAGGGCUCUGCGACUGCUGAAAAGGCCUGGCAGGAGGUCUUUAAAUUGCUCGAUGUCUCUGUGCUGAAAAGCAAUACCUGCUGAGAUUAAACCGUUUGGCCUCCUUCCCCCUGUCUCCAAGGCAAACAUAGACAGUUCUAUUCAUACCCACAAGAAAUACAUAUUUCAGCAUUUGAUUCUUUUUGUGUGCGCUUUGUUUUAUCUAGCGCCAUGGCGCUUGGAUGCCUUUUUCAUCUCAUAUUGUGCUUUGGAUGCAGCCUCUUUUAUCCAGUCCUCUUGCUGCCUUCAUAAAGAAUAACAGCGGCAGUUGUUGUUUUUUCCCCUGGAGCAUGGGCUGCUGUAAACCAAAGGAAAACUUCUUGCUGAAAGAGGGACCGAGCAGUCGGACGCUGCCAUAUCCGUUUCCACGCCGGGGCCGCAGCCCUGCAGGCCGUGCAGUUUGGCUUCCUCGAGUCUUUGUGGAGAGCAGCAAAUUGUCCCAUAAAAAUUCUUUUCUUGAAUUUUAUUUUUCUAAGGAACCAGGCCCAUCUUGUAAACCUGGGACUAAAAUUUCCCACUCUUAAAUGGACGGUAUGGUCCAAGAUCUAUGACACUGAAAUCUAACGGGGGCUUCAGAUUCUGCUGCUCUCUCUCCCAAAAUCUGCAUUUGGGGCUUCCUUCCCCCACCAGCGUAAAGCCCGUUCGGUGGGUUUAACUAAGCUCCCGCUAGUUCAGCCUCUCAGCAGCUGUCUUAAAGCAGAAAACGGUGCAAGUACGUUUCUGCUUCAUCUUCCAACUGAGAAGGGACAAGAGCUGCUGGCCCAAGCGCCAGUACUGAAGGAUGUGGUCCAGCCUCACCAUUAUCUUCCAUGAGGGUAAUUUGGGGUGAGGAUGGGACCUGCUGCCCCCAGUCUCUUCCGCUCCACAUCUAGCUGGAAAGUCAUGCCCUACAUUCCCCAAAAAGCCAAAGGUGCAGGAGCCCUGUCCCGCCACCUGGGAUCUCAUCUGUCUUGCUGUCAGCGUGGGGCUGCUCACAUCUGCGCACCUCCCUGCUUAUCCCAUUAGCUUUGCGACGUAACACGCGGACCGGUGCAGCCGGGAUUUCAGCUCUGCGGGUUGCCAGCUGCUGAUAAAUCGCUUUCCGCCAGAGAUCGAUUGCUUCCUGCUCGCGCUGCGAAAUGCCUGCGUUGCCUGCGCCGCGCGGCUCUUUCAGGCACCGGGGGACGUGUCCCCACCCUUGGUCAUGCUCAAGGCACUGACAAGCAAUAACAAAACAAGGCCCCGUGUCCAAACCGCAAGAGAGGAAGGCCUGGGUUUGGGGGCCCAGGCACCCCCCUCUUUGCACCUUCAUCUUCCUCCUGCCUGGUCCAUCCUUGCGCUGUGCCCGGCGCUGGAGACCUCCUGGGGCGAUCGAUGUCUGUUUGGGGGUGUCUAAAAUGCAACAACGAACCCAUGCAAGGUCUGAAUUUUACCGGAUUCUCCAGUUUUUGUUAUUUCCCCCCUAAAUGUAAACAAAACCCCCAUCCCCAUGGUGCAGUGAGAGAUGAUCGUUGGAGGCAGCGGGCACUAGUCAGAACACCCAGUUUUGGUGCUGUAGCAAAAGCAAUGUUAUUUCACUUCUCCUGCAACGUUGCUGCAGUUGGUCCUACUUUUAUAAGGCGCUAAGCAGAAGUUGCCUUACGCAGAAGCCUUUAACCACUGGUUCCCAACCAUCCAGCUUGGAUUAGCUCCCAAACUGGAUGCUGCUAGCAGUGCACCAUCCUUUCGCUGUCUGGCCUGUUGCCGUGGCGGUUUCCAGUGACCAUGAGCAAUGCCAGAAGCAAGAACAUCUUGUGACAACAUGUUGCCCUCGACUCUGGAGCUGGGAAUCACGGUUUUAAGGCAACUGAAAUCUGUGUCUGAAGUUUGUGGCUCCUGUCACGCUCUGAGUUUAGAGGAGGGAUGCUUUGAACCCGGGGGGCUGCGUGAGCCAGCCAGAGCAGGGGUCGUCAGCCCCGCACCGCUGCCUGGGGGAGGCAGCGCCCCAAAAUACCGUUCGCAGCCCUAACUCCCGCCAGCUGCUCCUGAAGCAGGGUCAGCAGAGCCGGCUGGUGCUGAUGCACCAUCAUUGAGACCGCCCGAGACCCGGUUCUUCAGGCCCAGCCCCAACGUCUGUGCAGCCGCCUCCUGCCCUCGGAAGAUUUACGGAGCAGCAGCUGGAAACAGGUCCAGGGUCUACAAGUGCUCACCCAGGUUUCGCAUGGAAAAUCCCAGCGUCUGGUGCCUCCAGAGUCCUGGUGUGACAUUUCAUCCCCAAACCAGGACGCCCCAACCUCUCCGGGCCCCGUCACGUUACAGCUGCCCAAGGAGAUACCCCCGGCCGGAGGGAAACAGGAGGGAGCCCGGGGCAGGAUCCGGCCCCCCUGCCCCAGCGCCGGGGAUGCUGCCGGCACCGGCCUCCCUCCCCUGCCAGGCGCCGCGACGCUCGAGAAAUGACCUUAGCAUCCAUUUUAUCAUAAAAGAUCCCAGGCUUUUUAAGCCCGGCUUUACCGAGGGUGCUGAAAGGUGCUGCGACGGGCAGAGGUCUGCUUUUGAAACCGGACAAAUUGUCGUUUUAUAGUUCCCGCGUGCGGGGGGUGCUGUAAAUCUCGCGGCAUUCAAGGCGUCUGGCCUUUCCCGGCCGCCCUACCAGCCUCCCGCGGAGCGGAGGGAGCAACCGCGGACGUUUCCUGACAGCGGCUGCUCUCGAGGCCCCCGGGAGCAACUCGGGAAAGUUCUUAAAGUAAUAUUUAUGGAUGAUCAUGGUGAAUCAGGCCCUGAAAGGUACAGGGAAAGGACUGUUGUUCAUUAGCGUUUGGAAACUGUGCACUGAGGAUUUCCCUGUGGAGGAGCGAAAGAAAUGGAGUGAAAGUGAAAGAGCUUUCGAGUUAAUCCAGGGCUUUUUUUAAGGUUAUUGUUGUUGGUAAAAAUCAGAACCUUAUUUUGGAUGAAAGGAAAAUAAAAGGAAAACUGUAACUUCAUAUUUGGGAUGGUUUUCCUUGAUAUGGUUUUCUUUCCAAAAUUUCAUAAUGAGUUCCUUAGCAAAGAUAUUUUUUUUCUUAUUCAUAUAUGGAUACAUGCUUUUUGGGUUUUGGUCUUUUUUCAUACAUGUCUCCAUAUCAAAACAACAAUAUAUCUGCUCCAGCUAAUACGCUAGGAAUAACUUCAAUGUGAUGUUUUUUCCUGAAGAAAACUUCCUUAUCGCCGCAAAUCAUUUAGUUUUCAAUUCGAUAAAAACGUUCUUAUGGCUUCGUACUCGCAAUGGCUCGCACAUGAUGUUCUCCAAGCACUUUGUUAAACUUCCACAUCUCAGUAAAUAACAGAUUUUUCACGGGGACUUGUAAAAUCCCUCACUGGUAAUUCAGUAGUUAUUCAGGUUAUACUGAAUAUAUAUUAUUCAGGUUUUACGAACAGGAAAGCUAAGCAUAGGGCGAUCAGUGGUUUGGUGCAAUUGCAAUAGCAUCAUGGGGUUUUGGCUUUCAGUACAUUUUCCGAAGGGCCAAGCCAGCAUCCCCGUAGGCCUCACGGAUAUACAAGCUCCCUGGCGGGGAGUCCAGGCUUCUCCUUUAACGUAUUUAUGGGAAGCACCUUUGGAACAGGUUUGUUCAGACAGAGGCAUGGAGGAGAUGAGGCCUAAUUCUUGCCCAAAAUACACGUGUAACUUUGAGCAGCUCCCUUUCUUUCCCUGAUAUCCUGGGGUUUCUCUGAACGUGCCCGAGAUGAGACUCAGCCAACAUUGCAGAGAAUCAGGGUAUGCUGGAAAAGCAGGUUGCUCCAUAAUCCCUGGCGUUUGCAUUUCUUGCCCCUUCGGCUUUGACCUGCCGGCCCCGCUGCCGUCCUGACUGUCGGGUGUCGGGGUCAGAGCUGGCCUCCAAAGCUGCCAGCUCUCGCGCCCUCAAUUUCCGUGCACGGAGCCUUUGGUUGGAAGUGCGUAAAGCUUGCCCAAAAAUAACACUGGCCCCUCUCCCAGCUGCGGGCGUCGGGACUUCUGCGCGGGGAAGCCUGUGAUCUGCUGUGUUUCAGGGCAGAUUUCGGUCAGCCCUGGCUCCUCUCCAUCCUCGCCGGUACCACGUUUACAAGGUUCCUCUUUCCUGCGCUUCGCUCUUCUCCCGGGCUUAGCUCUGCCUCUGAGGCCUGGGCUCUGCAAAGCCGCGGUGCUUUCCUGGCACAGCUGCCUGCGAAACGUGGCACAGACAAACCAAUAAAAAUAGCCAGUAAACCCCACCAGUUUUCUUUCCUUCGCUGCAAGUGGCCAAGACAGCACUGCUUCCUCUGGGAUGACAUGAAAAUGCAGCAAAGAGGGGAUGAGACUCAGAUACUUUAUUCUUGCAGUUUCCCAGCUGAUGUACAAUUUUUCCACUGGUGCAAGCAGAGAUCUGAGGCAUUUUUGGAAGAGGAAAGUCGUUAUGGAGACAAGUGCCGUGGCACUGCCGAGCUCAGCCUGGGGACUCUGCUAACCAGCCUUUAAGCCAGUGGUGGCUGAUCAAAAACGGAGCGAAAACCGAGGGGCUGAUGCCCAGCUGGUGCAAAUUAGCCAAGCUGGUAUGAUUUUAACGCGCUCAGCAUCAGCUCACCCGCACCGACAGCUCCCUUGCACGCUCCUGGCUAGGGGCAUUUUGUGGGGGACAAGGUCGCCUUGUUCCUCUCCCAGAAAUCCUCCCACCUCCUCCUGUGCCGAGAGGAAAGGCAAUGCGGGAACCGAGCCGCAGCCGCCCCACGCCGGUGUCAGCGGCUCUGAGGACCACCGAGACGAGUGACCAGCUGGGGAGAGGGGACGUGCCCGGGGCCACCCCAGCACCCACCUGCGGCAGCCGGGAAUCCCGCGCGGGACCCUGGCUCUAACUCGACCCUGCGCCCCCCCCCCGUUCCAAGGACAUCGGUAAUUUCAUGGGAAAAGCUCCUUUUCCCUCUCCCCGCUGCGGCUGCCGACGCCUGCACACGUGCACUGCUGCGGCCGAGCCCUGCGGGCAGCGGGACCUUUCCCCCUCGUCUGGGAAGAAGCCUUGUCCCGGCAAACCCUUCGUCUCGGUGCGAUCCUGCCCUUUCUGCACCGUAUUAAUUUAAGAUGCUGUGAAGUGAGAGGUGCGGGGGUGAGGGGGGUGCUGUCUAAAAUUUGUUCGGAGCCUUUGCUGGAUAAAUCCCCGUGGAAUUUAAUUUAAACGAGCUGACACCAGUAUGAAUCACGCCAGCACCACCAGCUUUUGAACACUUCCUAACAACCGCCUGCAGAGCUCUGGCUUGCUUGAGUUAAGAGCAAAGACUAAAAGCAUCUAAAACUGUUUGUCCUCUGCUGCAGCAGAAUCCUUUUUUUUUUUUUUCUGUCUUCUUCUCAGUGUACGGAGAAGUAACAUCUGCUAUAAAAAUCUGCGGGCCAGGGGCGGUGGGAGCGGAUACCACUUAUCACAAUUUGGCUCUUUGAGGCAGUGGCUGGUUCUGAGCAGAAAGUGCCUCCGCGCAGCCACGUGACGCUGCCGUGGACCAAAGCGUGUCUCAUCUGUCUGCAAUCUGGGCAGAUUACAUGCAUUUGGAGAGGACAGGGAGCUGGGGAGAAAGAAAGAAGAUAUUGGGCCUGGAGAAAGAGCGAGUGAGAGGCGGAGGGAGCUGGAUGGAAAGGAGGAAGGAAAUACAGGCUCCCGGGAAAGCGAAGAGCAACAAGGCUCUCGUAGAGGAGAAGACAACACUGCACUUAAAAAUAUGUACAUGAGCUUCACUGAAGUCUCCUCAAUGCUACUGGAGCACAAAGUCAGGCUGCUUUAUAAUAAAACAAAGUCCAUUAGGUAGUGUGUCUGUUCCUGGGCUUUAGCUGAGAAGUGACAUCUUUGAAGAGGCAGGAAAGUGGUCAGAAGUAAGCAUGGAGCAUGUAAGAUUGUAGAAUUCAAAAGGAUAAACAUUAUUUGAUACCUUAUUUAUAGGGCACCACAGGGGAAAGGUAAAGGUUUCAGAAAAGAAAGAAGCACUUUAAUUUUAUCUGGAGAUUUUCCAACAAUAAAAUCUAAUCCAUCA